GAAGGUGUUGUUUAUGGUUGUUUGUUGUAUUUAUUGAUCUAACGUCGGUUGUUUUUAUUUCGUUACGUGAAAAUUUGUGUUGUUUUGUGAAUUUUCUGGUGAUUUGUGAAAAACAUGGGCAAUAUACACACCGUGGGGCCGAACGAGGCGCUGAUAGUUUCAGGCGGGUGCUUCGGGUCUAUGACAAAACGCACCAUCGUGGGCGGGUGGGCGUGGGCCUGGUGGCUCGUCACCGAUGUGCAGAGGAUCUCACUGGAGGUGAUGACCCUCAACCCAAUGUGCGAAUACGUCGAAACAGCACAGGGUGUCCCGCUCACGGUGACCGGUGUGGCCCAAUGCAAGAUCAUGAACGAGGACGAACUAUUAACAACUGCCUGCGAGCAGUUUUUGGGCAAGUCCGUCAAGGAAAUCAAGAUGACGAUACUGCAGACACUCGAGGGACAUCUUAGAGCCAUCCUUGGAACUCUUACAGUAGAAGAGGUAUACAAGGACAGAGACCAGUUCGCGGGUCUGGUGCGCGAGGUGGCGGCUCCGGACGUGGGCCGCAUGGGCAUCGAGAUCCUGUCGUUCACCAUCAAGGACGUGUACGAUGACGUGCAGUACCUCGCCAGUCUCGGCAAGGCGCAGACGGCGGUCGUCAAGCGGGACGCCGAUGUUGGAGUCGCGCAGGCCAACCGCGAUGCCGGCAUCAGGGAGGCGGAGUGCGAGAAGAGCGCUAUGGACGUGAAGUACUCGAUGGACACGAGGAUCGAAGACAAUACUCGUCUUUACAAGCUGCAGAAGGCGCAAUUCGACCAGGAGGUCAACACUGCUAAAGCAGAAGCGGCAUUAGCUUAUGAGUUGCAGGCAGCGAAAAUAAAACAGAAAAUCCGAAACGAAGAAAUACAAAUCGAAGUGGUCGAGAGACGUAAACAGAUCGAGGUGGAGCAACAGGAGAUCCUUCGUCGUGAGGAAGAGCUGAAGUCGAUAGUGCGUCUGCCAGCGGAGGCCGAAGCCUACCGCCUGCAGGCCAUCGCUGAGGGAAAACGUACUCAAACGGUAGAAGAGGCGAAGGCCGAUGCUGAACGCAUCAAGGUCCUCGGUCUGGCAGAAGCCACGGCCAUCGGUGACGUGGGCAAGGCGGACGCCGAACGCAUGCUCGCCAAAGCCAAGGUCUACAAGCAGUACGGGGAUGCCGCUAUUAUGGCGCUGGUGCUCGAGGCAUUGCCAAAGAUCGCAGCCGAAGUAUCAGCUCCUCUCGCGAAGACCGAUGAAAUUGUGCUGGUUGGGGACAACGGGGCUACAGGCGAGGUGGCCCGCCUGGCUGGAGGCAUACCCCCCGCACUCAAGACCCUCACCGGGCUGGACCUGACCCAGGUCCUGAAGAGGCUCCACCCCAGCGGGAACGGUGAGGCCCGCUCUCAGUAGUUACACGCUAACGCAUCGCACGAUCGAAUAAACCACAACUAUCUUGGCAACUACCAGCAAAAAGAAGUCAGAAGUGGCUGCCUGCUAGACGUCACAGCAGCAAACGACCCCGUGCCAUAACGAUACUUACCCCCACUCCACAAAACAAAUACUAUGGUACAAUCUAAUAUAAACAAUACUAUUUAUUUUUCAAACUAUCUAGAGUCUUGUUCGGUCUUACCCCAAACCUCAUUAGCGGGGGUAAGGAUGAACAAAUUAAUGUAUUCGAAUUUCUACGUACUCUAGGUUAAUGUCUGCCUAAUUAUAGUACUCGUAGCACUUAAUAUAUUACUGGAGAUGUAUAUUUUUCAAUAGAAUGACUACAGGUAAUAGAUUGUCUUAUAGAAUCUAGAUUUUGUACUACUGUGUAGAUUGUAAAUUUAAGACAACGUGUUCUAAGAGACACUGCCGUUUUACAAUACCUCGUGUGAAGAACAUCUGUUACCUUACCAUAUAGAAUUUUAGCUUACAUAAUAUAAUAUUUCUCAUAUUUAAUCACAUUUAUCACAACAAAAUACAGUUACACUAUCAAAAUUAAGACUAUUCAAAGUUCAUUCCGAUAUUUCUGAGCAUUUAAUCAAUUGUCAAAUUGUAAAACAAUUGUUGACAUGUGAACAAAUAAUGUAAACUUUUGUAAACUAUCUUUUUGUCAGCGUUUUGAAAGGGAUGUUUAUGAAUGAAAAUAAUUGAUAAGUUAUUGAUUCUUUCCCUAGUUCUUUUUACGUAAUUAACACCACGUGGUAUUUCUGUGUGUGAUUUUGAAUUAACAUAAUUGUGUGUGUUGUGUAUUUGCACAAAUUUUUGAGUUUCUUUACCUCAACUAGAUUUUAUUUCUUACAAUUUUUAAUAUCGUUUUUUAUACUAUUAUGAAAACUUAUUAUUUCCUUAUGAUUUCUUAAAAAUGUAAAUGAAAUAUUGUUACCUCAACAAAGGAAUAUUGUAUUAGUCAUUUUUUUAUAUUUUUAUUUACAACGGUCAUGUUAUUCGUCAAAUUACAUAAACCUGGUUACAGAAUGGAGAUUGAACAGAUACUCGUCGAAAAAUAGAACUUAUUUCUAUGAAAAUUAAGCAUGAUUUCCAUUGUAUUAAAUGUAAGUCUAAAUUUAUGAGACCCACCAAAACUUACUUAGAAUGUUUAUAAAACAAUUGUAUGAAAUUAAUCGUGUGUCAUAAGUUCAAAAUUACUAAUUCCAAAAUUUUCUACGAA